AAGGGUAUAUAAAAAGACCCCCUUCCGCUAUAGCUUAUUCCGCUUUUUUAGAUUCGUACUUUGCUAGUUGCCAAGUUGUAAUACUUUUAUUUUCAACAUGAAGUUUGUAGUUGCUGUGGUUUGCUUCGCCCUGGUGGCAGGUGCACAUGCUAAAACUGUAGUAGACGUUCUACAAGAGCUCGGCACUGAGACGACACUGAUCGCGCUGGUAGGGAAGGCUGGGCUUGUUUCUGCACUGGAAGGAAAAGGUCCGUUUACAGUAUUUGCGCCAUCGGAUGCUGCGUUUGCUGCCCUGCCCAAAGAACUGGUGAAGACACUGGAAUCCAACGUAACGCUUUUGACGCAGGUUUUGGAGUUCCACGUAGCCCCUGGUGAGGCCUUGUCUACGGACCUGAAAAACAACCUCCUGGUUCCGUCUCUGUCAGGACCUAAGAUCAGGAUCAAUAUCUACGAUGCCAGCGAACCAACUGUCAUUACGGCAGAGGGCGCUCCUGUGACAAAGCCGGACAACACUGCUAGAAAUGGCGUCGUGCACGUCAUCAGUCAGGUGAUGUUCCCCCUACCAAUGGGAACAGUCGUGGACAUCGCCGUCGGCAACAAAGACUUCUCCACCUUGGUCACAGCCGUCUCCAAGGCGGGUCUCGUCGCGACUCUGUCAGGUGAAGGGCCUUUCACCGUGUUCGCCCCCACCAACGAGGCCUUUGCCAAGCUGCCGGCAGGAGUUCUGGACGGUCUGCUGAAGAACGUGACGGCUCUGACUAACGUCCUGACGUACCAUGUUCUCCCCGGCGCUUACUACCAGGCCGGGCUCCGCAACGGAGACAUGCUGAAGACCGUUCAGGGCAUGGACGUGACUAUCAAGAUGUCGAGUGACGGUACCAUGGUGAAUGACGCCACUAUCGCAGCCCAGGUCUCUGGAACCAACGGUGUGAUCCAGGUCAUUGACACCGUCCUCAUCCCCCCAUCCAUGCACUAUGAGUUAAUGUACAACUAAAAGUAAACUCAAGUGUUAAGAUUUUACCGCUGCUAUAUUAUUGUGAAUUCAUUUGGUCAGUAUACGCCUACUUCCUUUUUGUACUUCAAUAAACUUUUAAAAAUGAGA